AUGACGAAUCAAGUUACGGCAUCUCCGUCUCCGAGCAACGAAGAUCAGAACAUCGAUGAGAUUGACAAGCCGAAAUUGACAAAAAUACAAAUUGCCACGAUUUUUGGGAUUUUUGUCAUUUUCAUUCUGGCUGCUGCAGCUGUUUUUGUCUUGUCAAUUUCUGAAACAUAUGUUUCAGAUGAUGACAAGAAUGUGAUCGUGGAACAUAAAACAAGUAAGUUGACAUCUGAAAAUGUAUAAUCUUCGAAAUAUUAUUGAUUUUUCUUUUCAGAAACAAUCGACUCUGUGACGAAAGCAACUCAAUUUGCCAAAACAUUGCCCGAUUUUGUGGACCAGACGAAAUUCGACGGUUUAUCAAACAAAUUAUUCGAUCGUGUCUACAAAGAACUCAACAUCAAGAACUUGACGAGCGUGAGUUGAUUUCGCUUUCUGGCAAGCCAACUUUUGCUUCGAUCUGGCGGAAAACUCGAUGGAGCUUCCAAACAGUGAAAAUAAUCAAAAUUUAAAGCUGUCCAAAGGAUUUUUCGCUGUUUGUACGCUCCAUCGUCGAUUUGUGAGCUGGCUGGUCAAAAAAUGGUUAUUUUCCUGAACAAUAAUCUAUAUCUAUAAAUAUAUUUUUUCAUUUCAGACAAAAAUGAUCGAAUUUACUGAAAAGGAUUAUGGUGGUUACAAAUUUAUGUUGGAGGAAGCUGGAAAGUGUGCUACAGCAACUAAUUUGAUAACGGAAAAGGAAAAAGUUAUGGAAUUGUUGAAUGGUCCAUUCACUCUGCAUAAUCAAGAACUCGCAAAGAUCGAACAACCAUUCAUUGCUGCUCAAUCCGAAUUGAAUGCCACGAUGGAUGAAGAAUCAGCGAAAAAAGGGAGAUUAUCGAAGAGCAAUGUUGUUAUAUUCGCCAAUAAUAUUACAACUAUGUUAAUUGAUUAUCAAACUUCAAUUGUGACCAGAGCUGAUUCUUUCAUCCAAGCAUACGAUAAACAAAAAGCAUUGAAGGAUUCAUCGAAACAGAGCAACCUCAUAGCCAUUAUUGUCAUUUUCGUGAUUGGUUUCGUGAUUAUUAUCAUUCUUGCUGCUUCAUUUAUUUGUUUCCAAAAAGGAAAAAUGGCUGCGAAUUCUUUCAAGCGAUUUAUUAACAUUAUGGUUGGAAUUUGUGGAUUUCUCACUGCAGUUUUUCUUAUAUUCGCUCUACUUGUAUCAAUUGGAAAAUCACCAUUCUCAUAUGAUUGUCAAUUGAAAACUCAAUCUUCGGAUUCGGACGGAAAAUUCUACUCGUUUGAUGGCGGAUCAACUAACAUUAGAUUGAUAACAAAUGCUUGUGAAGAUGGGCAAAAGGUGUUUUCGAAAAUGAAUCUCAAUUUGAAUACAGACAAAAUUAUUGGAUAUUGGGAUGGUUUUAAAUCUAUUGUUGAAUCUGUUGCUUCAAAUAUUCUUAACAUCGACAUUGAUUUGGAUGUCACAACAAUUUCAAAUGUCGUAGGAGGUUUAGACUCACAACAUCAAAAGUUUAAAAAUCAGAAAUGCCUGACUGGAACAUUGCCUGGCAUUCUUGGCUUAUUUUUGGACGAUAUUGAUAAGUGUAGAAAAGCAUUGAAUGCUUUAAAAGAUGCUGCUGAAAAAAUCGAUGAUAACGUGAAACUGUUGUCACAAACAAUAAAUGGAUUGAUCCAAACGUAUAUUGUUGAAUUGAAAAUGCUUCUCGAAUUGCAGUUGAUUCAAUUAAUGUAAGUUAUUUGAAAACAAAAAUUGAUUGAGAAUAAACAAUACAAUUUUUCAGCAAAAAUUGUCAUCUGUUGAUUUUGGCUGCCACAUGCGAAUUCCCACGGGUUUAG